AUGACACAGCCCAAAACUUGCCCAGCUGGUUCUUACUGUGCCAGAGGUAGCUCCCGUCCUGAGCCCUGCCCGGAGGGCACAUACGGUAGCAGAAAGGAGCUGGCUGCGCUGCUGGACUGCAGCCCGUGCGGAGGUGGGUUCUACUGUGCUGGCCAAGGACAGACAGGCCCCAGUGGCCUCUGCGAGGCUGGGUUCCACUGCCGGGGCAGAGCAGUGACACCAUUGCCCACAGAUGGGGUGACAGGUGAUAUCUGCCCUGCUGGAGCGUACUGCCCACCUGGCUCCCUGUUACCUACACCCUGUCCUCCGGGGACCUACAGUAAUGUGAGUGGGUUGAGGAGCCUGAAGCAGUGUUUGGACUGCCCACCUGGGCUGUACUGUGAUGGGACAAACAGCCAAGCUCCCACUGGACCCUGCAAACCUGGCUACUUCUGUACUGGAGCUGCCAAGACUGCCCUUCAGCAUGUGGCCAUGGAGGGGCAUUAUUCACUGGCCGGAGCUUUCAGACCAGAACCCUGCCCUCCUGGGAGUUUCCAGCCUGUCCUUGGUCAGUCUCUGUGUAGAGAGUGCCCAGAGGGGACGUUUUGCAAUCAGACUGGCCUGGCUGAACCUGUGACUUGUCCCAAAGGGCAUUAUUGCCCAGCUCGGAGUAUACUGCCUCUCCCAUGUCCAGUGGGCACUUACACGGACAUACUCGGUGCCAUGGGGACAGGAUCCUGCAAACCCUGCAUGGCAGGCAUGUACUGCAGCACAGCUGGUCUGCCCAUGCCUGAGGGACUGUGCCAGCCAGGAUAUUAUUGUGCCCAAGGGUCCAACAGCACCUCACCCGGAUGUUUUGUGGAGAAUGGGGAUUAUCCUCUCCGAGUGGCCCCUGCUGGCCAGGAUUCUUCUGCACAGCAGGUACUUGAUUUAGCAUUCCCAAGGGCAAAGAGAGGAAGAGAAUGGGGGCCUUAUUUUCUCCAUAUUCCUUGA